AUGUCUCCUCCAUACUCACGUUCAUCCGCAAGGGCCGCUGCACAAGACGACGAGAUCCAACCUCUCUUGCGGAGAGUCGAUUCUUCAUCCUAUAGUGAUACUUCCGCGAUGGCGUCCAAAGAUGCCGAGACUAUUGUCGUUGCUCCGAAUGCGAAGCCCGGCGCCGAUGAUGCUGCUCUGGCCGAGGCCAUUCGCCUCGAGCACAACUUGACCUUCUCCCAGGCCGUCAAGCUCUACCCUGCUGCCAUUGGGUGGUCUGCUUUCGUGUCUAUUGGGGUCAUCAUGUUGGCGUUCGAUCCGCAAUUGCUCGGAAACCUCUACGCUACGCCUCAGUUUCAGAGAGAUUUUGGUUAUGAAUAUGAGGGUUCCUAUAUCAUUACUGCCGCUUGGCAGACCGGACUUUCCAUGGGUAAUCCCGUCGGUCAAGUUGUCGGUGCCCUCUUCGCUGCAUAUCCUAUGGAUUGGUACGGCCGAAAACUGACCUUUGCCGUGUGCGUGAUUCUCACCGCGGGCAUUGUCUUCAUCCAAUUCUUUGCACGCUCGUUGCCCGUCCUCCUAGUCGGCGAGCUUCUCGGUGGUCUCGUCCUGGGCAUGUAUGUUGUCAUCGCCCCGGCAUACGCCUCCGAAGUAUGCCCCACUGCUAUCCGUGGUCACUUGACGUCCUACGUGAAUCUCUGCUUUGUCAUGGGCCAGCUCCUUGCCAACGGCGUCACAGCGGGGACUUCAAAGCUUGAUACCCAUUGGGCCUAUUCUUUGCCAUUUGCGCUCCAAUGGUUCUGGAUCCUUGUUAUCCUCCCCGGUUUGCUCUUCGUCCCAGAAAGCCCGUGGUGGCUGGUAAGGAAGGGUAGAAUGGACGAUGCGAGGAAGAGUCUAGGCCGUCUGGCUUCCAAGCAGGUCAAUGUGGACGCUUCUUUGGCCUUCAUUGUGGAAACCGACAGACUUGAGCAAGAACUGGAGGCUGGAAGCACGUAUUAUGAUUGCUUGAAGGGCGCCAACUUAAGGCGGACGGAGAUAUCUGUUGGUGUUUACUGCACUCAAGUCCUCAGCGGCAUCUACCUCAUCAACUACGGGACAUACUUCUUCCAGCAGGCCGGCCUACCUACUGACAAGGCAUUCGAUAUGGCCAUUGGAUUCCUCGCCGUGGGAUUCCUUGGCACCGUUAUCUCGUGGUACUUCUUGAUUCACUAUGGUAGACGAACCAUCUACAUCACCGGCCUCGCUGCCUUGGUGUUCUUGCAGCUCCUCAUCGGCAUCCUAGACUGCGUUCCCGGACGUCCCUCUGGCGUGGCCUGGGCAGAGUCAUCACUCAUGCUCAUUUGGAACUUCGCCUACGACCUGUCUGUUGGUCCCGUAUGCUUCGUCCUCAUAUCAGAAGCUUCGGCAACUAGAGUGCGAUCCAAGACGAUUGCGCUCGCCACAGCUGCCCAGGGUGUCUUGGGGAUCAUCAUGACCGUGGCAAUUCCAUACAUGAUUAAUCCAGAUGAGGCUAACAUGCAGGGGAAGCUCGGGUUCUUCUUCGGAGGGCUGGCUGGGCUGUGCUUCAUCUGGGCAUGGUUCCGCGUUCCCGAGACAAUGGGCCGCACGUACGAAGAGUUGGAUAUUCUGCAGCUGCGCCACCCGGACGACGCCCCGUCAGAAAACGGCGACACCACAAUCCUGUCAGACAUCCCAAGCAACUGCCCUGAAGGUAAGAAGAUGUAUAAGAACUCAAUAGCAGCGAACACCGAGUGGUUAAAAUCUACCCUUCACUCUCACUCUUUGGCUCCUAUCCGCAAACACCACAGGCGUCAGCAUCACAAUCUAUCACACCAAGACGCAAACGCCCAUAAGAAGGCCGCCAAUAUGGCUACCGAAAGCGCCCGAACGCUCUUCUUCCCGGCACCGGACCCGCCAACACCACUUGCCCGCUACCGCAUCCUCUCCCCCAACGCCGCGAUCCGCGUCUCCCCCCUCCAGAUGGGCACGAUGUCCCUGGGAACAGCCUGGUCGGACGGCAUGGGCCCCGUUGAGAAGAACGCCGCCUUCAGCCUGCUGGACGCCUAUCUCGACGCCGGCGGCAACUUCUUUGACUGCUCCAACGGCUACCAGCACGAGCAGUCCGAGUCCUGGCUCGGCGAGUGGAUGGAGGUCCGCGGCGUCCGGGACCGCUGCGUCGUCGCGACAAAGUUCUCGGCCGACUACCGUAUGCACGCCCUCGGGAAAGGUCGCUGCCCGAACGCGGGCGGGAACUCGCGCGCCUCGAUGCACAUGAGCCUCCGCGACUCGCUGGCUAAGCUGCGCACCGAUUGGAUCGACGUAUUUUACGUCCAGUGGUGGGACUAUACCGCUUCCAUCGAGGAGGUCAUGGACGCGCUGCAUAACCUCGUCCAGCAAGGGAAAGUGCACUACCUCGGCAUAGCAAAUUGCCCGGCCUGGGUCGUCAGCGCGGCCAACACGUACGCGCGCGCACAUGGCAAGACAUCCUUUUCCAUCUACCAGGGCUACUACAGCGUCAUCAUGCGCGACAUGGAGCGGGACAUCAUCCCCAUGGCGCGGCAGUUCGGCAUGGCCAUCGCGCCCUACGGUGCGGCGGGCAUGGGCAAGUUCAAGACGCGGGACAUGAUUGAGGCGCGGCGGCGGAGCGGCGACGGGCAGGCGGCGUUCCGGCACCUGGCGGACCAGACGGAGACGGAGAUGCGGGUGAGUAAAGCGCUGGCCGAGGUGGCGGAGGAGGUGGGCGUGACGUCCAUUACGGCCGUGGCGCUGGCGUACGUCAUGGCAAAAGUGCCGUACGUGUUCCCCGUGGUCGGGGGCCGCAAGGUUGAGCAGAUGCUGGACAAUAUCGACGCCCUCACGAUCCAGUUGUCAGAAGCGCAAAUUGCGUACCUCGAGAGCGUGGAGAAGUGGGAGCCUGGGUGGCCGUACGAUGUUAUGGGAUGGGAUCCUCACGUGUCGGGGACGCCGGCCCCGAUCAUUGCUGCUUCGGCCAAGAUGGAUUUUGUGAGGCGGCCUAAGGCGAUUGGAUAUGAUUGA